CCAGAUGAGAUGGCGCCCCUCAACGGCACCGUGAAGACUCGCCGACCUGGAGGGAGCAAGCUUGCUCACUCCUCCAAGCCUGUCGUCCCUGCUAUUCCUCUGCCCCAUGUGAAGCGCCAGGCUGCCACCGCUGCUGCGCGUGCCAGUGCUGCCUCCCUGCCUCUGGUCUCUGCUGCCUCCUCCAGCCCGACCGAGAAGACCGUUGCUGCUCAGUCACCCGAAACGAAGCUUACGAAUGGCGCUGCAACUGCCCAGGCACACAAGGACACCACUGCACCAGCUGCUGCGAGCCCAACCCCAAGCCCUGCUUCCAGCGCUGCGAAGCCUGUCAAAGAGGCCACCGAAAAACAGGCAGACGAUCUCCCAAAGACCCUGAAUGACAACAGGAACAUUUUGCUUACCCAUCUUGUGACAGCUGCCGAAGUCGCAUCCGUCUCGGAAAAGGCAUCUACCAGCGGUGACCAGGAGAACGACCACAAAGCUCAACCCAUCUCGGACCAUGUUGAUCAGCCCACCUCCGCCCCCCAAGUCGAUCCUCGCGCCCAAGCCUCCGACAAGCACGCCCCCGCCGAUGCAAUUGGAAAGGUCAACGGAGUCACAGCCGCCGAUGAACCUAGAUAUCGGCCUGGUGAGGCAUCCCGAAUGAUAUACAAAGUUCAAGACACUUAUGCCACAAACACAGACAACCAGCCUCUCCCGAAGCUUCACAGCAAGUCUCGUCCUCCACCCGCCGUCCCACCGUCCCGAUACCAGAUGCCUCCUUCUUUCCAACCUGCCAACAGGGCCCUGGGACCAGCUACGAACGGUGACAUGCAUCGUGGCCCCCGGCACCCGAUCAGCGGGCCGCCCAUGCAUCAGCCACAUCCCAGCAACGGUAGCAUCCAUUUCGGCACCUUCCAUGGCUCUACCAGCUCUUCACCCGCACCUCUUUCCGGUGGCAUUGCGCCUCCCCCUGGCAUGCCGAUUCCAGAUGGUCGACCUCCAUACAUGGGCCCAGGUGCUAACGGUUUCCCUCCCAUGAUGCCAUAUGGCUCUGAGCAGGUUCCGGUUACUACCUUUGACAGCUAUGGAAGGCCCUCCAUGGCCUAUGGACCCAUGGAUUCGUUCCCUCCAUUUGGUAACAACUUUGGCCCAUCGACUCCUCACAGCUACCAUGAUUCGCAGGCAUCAGGCCCCCCUGAUGAUAACAGCAUGUACAACCAGUAUCCUGGGCCGGCUAGGAACGGCGUGACUGGACCUGAUGGCUCUCACUCCCCGAGCCAUCCCGGAAGAAUGUUUGGUGGUCUCGAGUAUCCCAGAAUGAUGAUGAACGCUGGCCCUCCUCCACCCCUUAUGUCCCCGGUUGACGAUGCGGAUGGCCUCAUUGGUCAUCUUCAGCAGCAGUUUGGGUCUCCUGAAUUUGCUGACUGCGUCCUGGAGCUCAAAUACCCCGAGGAUCGAGCCCCGCCUGUUCGCAUCCCCGGUCAUCGACUGGUGUUUUCCCGAAGCGCCGAGCUUGCAAACGCCAUGACGAAGAAGGCGGCUCAGCGUACACGCGAUAGCCCACCUCUCCUUGAAAUCACUCUCGAAACUAAGAGCAAGUGGAUUCGAUCGGAUUCCUUCUAUAUCGCCGUCCAGCGUCUGUAUGGCAUGCCGCUGUUUACUAUCCCGCCUCCCCCCGCUGGUCUGAAGCAGGGGGCUAUUUCGGAUGCUGGUUCGAUCAUGGAACGGUUCGAGUUCGCCCUCUCUUACGCUGCUGCUGGCCACCUCCUUCACUGGGACCCUGUUACUCGACGUGGCUGCGAGAUCGCUAUGCAGUUGCUUUCCUGGCAGACCCUCGAGCGCGCCUUGGAAUUUGCUCUGGAGCAGCAUCGGGAUGAGGGUUCGCACCAAGUUUUCAAGUACGGUGAUGGAUCUAGAGCGCUUCUGAACGAGACGGUUUCUUUCAUCAUCAGCAACCUCACUCCUAACUUCGCCCUCGACACUUCAGUUCCUGACCCCGACAACUACUCUCGCCUGCCAGUUCACCCCGCGCCUCCCGCAACCAGCCCAGCCCAGACAUCUGUAUCGCCUCCUAUCGCUCGAGGAUCUUCGGUCCAUCUGGGUAAGGGCCGCCGAUCUCAGCAAAUCGCUGGCAUCCAGUUUGGGGACCUGUCCUUGACUGAUGGCAAGAUCUCGCCUGCUUCGGAUACUUCAAUGGCAUCGCAGCAGCAGCGAUCUCCGUUCACCGCGGUGCUCUCUCGUGUCCUCCUCAACGUUCCUUUUGCGACUCUCAAGAUGAUUCUUGAAACCGCAUCUUCCAACAAGGCGAGUGGGUGGCCUAAUGCGGAGCUCGUGUACCGCAUCGUCAAGGAUGCAGUCGCUGAGCGGGAACGACGUCGACUCAACGCUAUCGCAUCCGUUAAAGCAGGACUGGUUCCCGGCUGGGAGGUGAUCUGGAAACAGCUGUCUAGCCCUGAGCCCCGAUACUUUGGCUUGUGGACCGCUCUGGGUUGGCAGGAGGAGGUUCUUCCUUACGGACCUUCUGAUAGCCCAGCCCUCAGCCGCAGCUGGACUCCUCUCUUCAUGGAAUCACAGAAAGCCCAAGCUGCGUAUCCUUGA